AUGAGUUAUCAACGACCAAAUGAUGAUGAUUUUGAUCACCUACAUCCUAGUAGAUACAACAAUAACAACACCAGACGAUAUAGAGAUCAAUCAAGUGAAGAAGAAGAUGAUGAUUCCCUUAAUUUUAUAGAUCAUAAUACAAGUCAUACACCAUUAACUCAUGGAAUAUAUCAAAAUAUACCAAAUAAUUCGAUGAAUUUUCAACAACCUGAACCUAUUUAUCAUCAUAAUCAAUCUACAACUUCUUUACAUGGUGAUAACUACUAUAGUCAACCAAUAUUUGAUACUUCAAAUAUUCAUCAACAAAAUUCAAAUGGUUCUGAUCCUUUUAAUCAUGGAGAAAAUUAUGAAAUGCAAUACCAAGGUUAUAAUAAUAAUUAUAAUCAAGCAUUUGUACCACAUGUUUAUGAUGAUGAAGAUUCAGAAGAAAGAGAAUUUGAUCAAAGAAUUCAAUAUAAUCAAUUUGAAGGUGAUCAUUAUGAUUUAGCUACUGCUAGUUAUAUUGAUGAUGAUCAACAACCAAGCGAAUUUGUUCCAAUUGAAGGAGAUAUAAUGGAGGAAGAAGAAGAAGGACCUUUUGGAAAUGAAGCAUUAGAAUAUCAAGAACCUCCACCACAAGAAGAAUUAAGAUCGAAAAAACCAAUUAGAGCAUCAGGUAUAAAUGGUCAUUUAGUAUUAGAUUGUCCUGUUGCAGGUGAAUUAUUAUCAAAAUUUCCAGAUUAUAAAACAAAUGAAAAAGAUGGUGGAUUAUCAAGAGAAUUUGCAUUUAUGAGAUAUACUGCAGUAACAUGUGGUCCUUCAAAUUUUUAUAGAGAUGCAUAUAUUCUAAGACCUGUUCAUUAUCCAAUACCAAGACAAACUGAAUUGAUGAUUGUUAUAACAAUGUAUAAUGAAGAUGAUAUAUUAUUAGGUAGAACUUUAAAAGGAGUUUUUAAAAAUAUUAAAUAUCUUGAAUCUAAAUCAAGAUCUUCAGUUUGGGGUAAAGAUUCAUGGAAAAAAAUUGUUGUUUGUAUAGUAAGUGAUGGUAGAACUAAAAUAAAUGAAAGAGCUCAAGCUUUAUUAGCAGGUUUAGGAGUAUAUCAAGAAGGUUUAGCUAAAAGUAGAGUUGAUGAUAAAAAAGUACAAGCUCAUAUGUAUGAAUAUACAACAAGGGUUGGAAUAAGUUCAGUUAAUGAUGAUGUUGUUAAAUUAACUACUGAAAAAAUUGUACCUGUUCAAAUGUUAUUUUGUUUAAAAGAAAAUAAUGCUAAAAAAAUAAAUUCUCAUCGUUGGUGUUUUCAAGCUAUUGGUCAAGUUCUUGAUCCUAAAAUUGUUAUAUUAUUAGAUUGUGGUACUCAACCUUCUGGUAAAUCAUUAUAUAAAUUAUGGAAAGAAUUUGAUCGUGAUCAUAGAGUUGCAGGUGCUUGUGGUGAAAUUACUGCAUCAUUAAAAAAGAGACAAAUGAUAACCAAUCCAUUAGUUUAUGGACAAAAUUUUGAAUAUAAAAUUUCAAAUAUUUUGGAUAAACCAACAGAAUCAGCUUUUGGGUUUAUAUCAGUUUUACCUGGAGCAUUUUCAGCUUAUAGAAAUAUAGCAUUACAAAAUGAUAUUAAUGGUAGAGGUCCAUUAGAAAAAUAUUUUAAAGGUGAAUUUUUACAUAGUUCUGGAGAAUUAGAUCCUUUAGAUGAUGAAUAUGAAUUAAAAAGAGCAUUAUUGAAAGAAGAAGCUGGUAUUUUUACUUCAAAUAUGUAUCUUGCAGAAGAUCGUAUAUUAUGUUUUGAAUUAGUUGCAAAAAGAGGUUGUAAUUGGUUAUUAAGAUAUUGUAAAUCAGCAAGUGCUGAAACUGAUGUUCCUGAAGGAUUAGCUGAAUUUAUAUUACAAAGAAGAAGAUGGCUUAAUGGUUCAUUUUUUGCAGCUAUUUAUUCAUUAGUUCAUUUCCCAAAAAUUUGGAAAAGUUCACAUUCAUUAGGUAGAAAAUUUUGUUUUCAUAUUGAAUUUUUUUAUCAAUUUAUUAAUUUAAUUGUUUCAUGGUUUUCAAUUGGUUCUUAUUUCUUGGUGUUUAGAAUUUUAACUACUUCAUUAUCUGAUAAUGAUUUAAGUUUUGCACCAGGAAAUAUAUUAUCUGUUGUAUUUUUAUGGUUAUAUCUUGCUUCAAUUGUUACAACAUUUGUUUUAUCAUUUGGUAAUAAACCAAAGGGAACUGAAAAAUUUUAUAUUGUUAUUGUUGUAUUUUUUGCAAUUUUAAUGGCUUAUAUGAUAUUUGCAGCUAUAUUUUUAGCUGUUCAUGCAAUAACAGCAAUUUAUAGAGCAAAUGAUUUUAGUGCUGAUUUAUUUUUUAAAAAUUCACAAUUUAGAGAUCUAAUAGUUGCAACUAGUUCAACUUAUGCAUUAUAUUUUUUAGCAAGUUUUCUUUAUUUUGAACCAUGGCAUAUGUUUACUUCAUUUGUUCAAUAUAUUUUAUUAUCACCAUCAUAUAUAAAUGUGUUAAAUAUUUAUGCAUUUUGUAAUAUUGAUGAUGUUUCAUGGGGUACUAAAGGUGAUGUAGGUGGUAAAUCAUUAGGUGAAGCUAAAUUAAGAGAAGAUGGUACUUUCGAUGUUAGUGUUCCUAUAUUAAAAGAAGAAAUUAAUCAAUCAUAUUUAAAUCAAUUAGAAAAAAUAAGAGAUCCAGCACCAGCACCUGAAAAAGUAUUAGUUAAAAAUACAGAAGAUUAUUAUGCAUUUAUUAGAUCAAUGACAGUACUUACAUGGAUGUUUUCAAAUUUUGUUAUAAUUGCUUUAGUAUUAGAAACUGGUGGAUUUAAUCAAUUUAAUAGAGCUGAUCAAACAGAAGCAGAAGUAAGAAGCAGUAGAUCUGAAGUCUUUUUGACUGUUAUAUUAUGGACUGUUGCAUUUAUGGCAUUAUUCCGAUUUAUUGGUUGUAUUUAUUAUUUAUUAAGUAGAAUUGGUCGACGUAUGAGAGGAAGUGAACAUGCAACAAAAAUGUGA